AUGUCAUUACUGAACAUCUGUUGUCUUCUGUUUGGUGCUCCAGGCGAAGUUGGUCAAAUUAUCCUCCUGUUCUUUCUACCUUUGGUCCGCUUGCUGAAGCUUUUGAGAUAUUUUGAUUCUUUCCGCCUUCUGAUCGACGCAUGCAAGAACUCCUUUGAGGCGUUGCCGGUGCUCACCUAUGUCAUGGCGUUGAUCACCACCAUCUCUGCCACCGGGAUCUAUUUGGUGGAAUCCCGAAGCAAUAUACCUAGCUUGCAGCAUUCGAUUUGGCUUUCGCUCGUCACCAUGACGACGGUUGGGUAUGGCGACUACUAUCCCAAGUCCUUGGCGGGCUUCCUCAUCGUCUCUAUCCUGACGAUUGCCAGUGUUCUAUUCCUAGCCUUGCCCGUGGGCAUUAUUGGCAAUGAGUUUACUGCAUGCUGGUCACAACGCACACGAGUCCUGCUGCUCACUCGCGCGCAGAAGUGUUUGGCCAAAUGGGGCUACAGCGCGAAUGAUGUCAAGGUCUUAUUCGAGUUUGUAGACACAGAUGGCAAUGGGAAUCUGAACCUCAACGAGUUCGUGGAGCUUUUUCAUCAGAUGAGGAUUGGCAUCACCAUGGACAGUGCAGUGGAUCUCUUCCAGUUGUUUGACGAUGAUCAGAGUGGCACCAUUGAGUAUGACGAGUUCUUACGCCACAUUUUCCCAGAAGAAUAUGUGAAGGGUGCGCACAAAAACAAGUCCAUCCAAGUGAGCCGGACACGUGUCAGUGAAGCCUUACACCACUUGGAUCACUUGCGGGAAUCCCUCGCAUGA